AUAAGAAGUAACACGGAUUUGAUUAACUCAAACGCAUAGUUUGAAAUAGUAAUUGUAGCAAUCUCUUGAAGAAUUAAUGUUUGUUUACUUAAAUUAAAUCUCAUUUUGAAAUCCAUUAAAUUCGAUCUCCUACGAUCCUAAUCACAACGAUCAUUCAAAGUGAGAAGAUAGACAAACCAAGCGAUUGCAAGGCUUAGAUUGAAGGUAAAUGAAAAUCUACUAAUGGGACCUUUUCUACUUGAAUCGAGUAGGAGAAGGUGCAAAUAAAUGGAAAUUCCUCCGGUUCUCCCUCCGGCGAUUGCGAAGAUUCCGGUGAGUUGAAAAAUUCAGAGAUCUCAUUGGUGAGACUUUUGCAAUUAGUUUCUUUACGAAUGGCAUAUAAUAGCAACUCAAAAAGCAAUCUGGACGAUGAUGAUAAUGAAGAAGAGGAGUUUGAACAUUUUGAUGAUUUUACAGUGGCCUCCUCAUGGGAGAGGUUCAUUUCCGAAAUAGAAGCUGUGUGUCGGCAUUGGGUGGCUGAUGGACCAAAGAAUUUAUUGGCAAAGGAUGCAGUUCAAAUGGAUCUUCUCUUGGUUUUGCACAAGGUCAAGUCUGAGUUCAAGUAUGCUAUGAAAAGCUAUUGCAUGGAGUACUAUUUUGAAAAAAGUAGCAAUGGUGAAGCGGGUGAUUGGAAUAAGCUAUCUCAUGAUCUGCAACUCUCUUUCGGGGUGAAGGACUUUUUGGUGAUUGCACCACUAAGUGCAAGCGGAGUAGUUCUUGAUGCACCAGAGGCUAGCAAACUUUUGAGUGCAGUUGCCAUUGCUUUAUCCAACUGUUCAUGCAACUGGCCUGCAUUUGUUCCAGUUCAUUAUGCCUCUCAUAAAGCCUAUAUUGGUAUUCAAAACAUGGGAACAGCUUUUACUAGAAGAUUUGAAGCUGAUUACAUUGGUAGCCAGGUUCCAGUAAAGCUUAUGCAUAUGGAAGGAUUGUAUGAGCUGUUUGUUUCUAAAUUUGCCUAUGCUGCAGUGGACUUAUCAAUGAAGUUCAAAGUCCACUUCAAGACGAAGUUGACCUACAGGACCCUUACCUAUGAAGAUGAGGACGAAGUAGAAGGAGCUGAUGCUGACAUUUCUGUGACUGGUGAAAUUUUUGAGACUGAAGCCACUGGCAGAAUGCAAUGGGAUGAUGAUUGUCCCUGGAGUGAGUGGUACUCCGCAGAGGAUCCAGUCAAAGGAUUUGAGUUGCUUGCUAUAUGGUCUGAGAGAGUAGCUGAAAGUUCUCUGGAUAUGGCUGAAUUAGAAAAUGCCUCACCUAUGGAAGCUGAUAGUUGGUUCUUGUAUCCAAGUCUUCCACAAAAUCUCAGUGAUAUUUCUGAUGGAAACACAAUUGGAUUUGCAUCACAGUUGCGCCUUUUGGUUAAGGCAUUGGAGAUGUCACUAGAGGCUCAAUAUAUGGAAGAUUUUCUGUCAGUUGAAAAGUCAGCUUCUGAAAAUCUGAGCUCUUCAGCAGUCGUACCUCCGCCAACAGUUCUUGAUCGCGUCCUAAAAGAUCUUUUCCAUGAGGUUACAGAAGCUCAAGUGGGUUCCUCUCUGGAUGAAAAUAAAAGUUCUCGAGCUAUUAAAGGCUCUCCACUUGACUCACUCUUCGGACAGUUCUGUUUACAUGCUCUUUGGUUUGGCAACUGCAAUAUACGUGCCAUCGCUGUGCUCUGGAUAGAGUUUGUGCGGGAGGUUCGUUGGUGUUGGGAAGAAUCACAUGCAUUGCCAAGAAUGUCAUCAGACGGAGCAAUCGAUUUGUCGACCUGUUUGAUUAAUCAGAAACUGCACAUGCUUGCUAUAUGCAUCAAUAAAAAGAGUCUUCAGGGUAAAGGGCAUGAUAUUGGCAGACAUGAUGAUUCUGCUACUGCUGAUUUACAGCAAAAUAUGCAGAUUCAAACAAAGUUUUCAGCUUCUCUUGGUGCUUGUGAAGGGUUCGGUAACAAUGACAGGAAGAGCUCAUCCCGGGUUGCAGGGUCUAUGAUGCUUUUGAAAUCAUACAAUAUUAUACAAGCUCCAAUUACCCAGGAUCCUCCUCCUAUGACGGAAGACAUGCAUGAAGAACGACUUCAAGCUGCUGAAGCAUUGGGUGAUUCAUUUAGCUUCUCUGCUCAACUUGAAAAGGAUAUUCUGGCAUCAGACAUGUCUGCAUUCAAGGCAGCUAAUCCGGAUGCUGUUUUUGAAGAUUUUAUCCGAUGGCAUUCACCAAAAGAUUGGGAAAGUGAUUGCAGUGAGAAGCUUGAAGAGUCUCGAACUUAUUCAGAGGAAGAGUCCGCAUACGAGUGGCCUCCUCGAGGAAGACUUUCAGAGAGAAUGUCUGAUAUUGGGAACUCAUGGAGAAAGAUUUGGAAUGAAGCUCUGCCUUUGCCAGCUUCUGAACAAAAGCCACUCCUAGAUCCAAACAGAGAAGGAGAAAAGGUUCUUCACUAUUUGGAGACGCUGAGACCACAUCAGCUGCUGUCACAAAUGGUAUCUACUGCCUUCAGAGCAGCAGCUGACAUUCUUAAUCAAACAUCAUUUGGUGGGUUAAAGCAGAUGACCACAAAAAUGGGACAAUUAUACAUCACUAUGGCAUCUAUCCUGAAAUAUAUGCAAUCAUAUAAUACGACUAGUGAUUCAGAGGUCAUCGAAGACCUCAGCCGGCUUUGUGUUACUUUUGAACACAUUGAGAAGUUAAUACUACUGGCAGCAUCCCUUCAUUGCAAAUUCUUGCAAUCACCCCACCUCGUAGAAGCAAUUUUCAGUGACUACUAUGACUACUAUCUGCAGGAAAUGGGAACGGGCUCUUCCCAAGGUGAUAAGAGAAAGGAGUUUGACAAACCGCAAGAAAUACAGUCGCAAGAUAGAAAGGUAAUUGCUGGCAUGUUCACUCCGCCAACUGCUGCACAAUCAUGGAGGAAAGUUAAGAGCAUGGGAAAUCUCCUCAACGGCCAUGAACCGGUCUCCAGGGAGUUAAUAUUUUCUAAACAUGAUCGAGCGAAUGGAAGCUAUUUUGAUUCCUCUACUCCUAAGUUUUGUUAACAAGAGAUAGAAACUUACAGAAUGUAUGUAUCUCAAACUUCAAAUGACCUCAGAGUAGCUCUUUCAGUUGCCUCAUGCGAUUGAUUUUCGCGUAAAUUAUAAAUUCACUGAAUUUUCUUAUUAUCUUAUGGAAAUAUCUCUUAUCAAUUUUUCUA